GUUAACGUUAAUGUCAAACACAUCAUUCAGAAUAUUCUCCGACACGGGCAGUCUGUCAAAGUCUAACAUAUAUAAUGGACUGUCAUUGAAACAAACGAGCGUCUCCCUGUCUUUCUUCGGUUGGCUGGUUGAACAGAGAGCGAUGGCCGGCCCAGAGCUCCUGCUGGACUCCAGCAUUCGUAUGUGGGUGGUCCUGCCCAUCGUCUUCAUCACCUUCUUCGUGGGGAUCAUCCGUCACUACGUCACCCAGUUGCUCCACAGCGACAAGAAGGUCGACCUGGAGCAGGUUUCUGACAGCCAGGUGCUCCUGCGCAGCCGCGUCCUCAGAGAGAAUGGAAAGUACAUUCCCCGACAGUCUUUCGCCAUGAGGAAACAUUACUUCAACGACGCAGAGACCGGCUUCUUCAAGAAGGUCAAGAGGAAGGUCGUCCCCAAGAACCCCAUGACGGACACCAGCAUGCUGACGGACAUGAUGAAGGGAAACCUGACCAACGUCCUGCCCAUGAUUGUGAUCGGUGGAUGGAUCAACUGGGCUUUCUCUGGAUUCGUCAUAACCAAGGUGCCGUUCCCUCUGACUCUGAGGUUCAAGCCGAUGUUGCAGCGAGGGAUCGACCUGCUGUCACUGGACGCCUCCUGGGUGAGUUCUGCGUCCUGGUACUUCCUGAACGUGUUUGGACUGAGGAGCAUGUACAGCCUCAUCCUGGGACAGGACAACGCUGCCGACCAGUCGCGCGUCAUGCAGGACCAGAUGACAGGUGCUGCCAUGGCGAUGCCCCCUGACCCCAAUAAGGCUUUUAAGAGUGAGUGGGAGGCGCUGGAGAUCGUGGAACACAAGUGGGCCUUGGAGAACGUGGAGGAGGAGCUGAUGUCCAGAGACCUUAACUUUGGAACCCUCUUCACUCAGGACAUCAAGUCCACCAUGUUCUAGAAGGAGCAGGACACACGAGCUCUGGAACAUCUGUGAAAGCUUCUAGAACUCCGUCAUCAUUCUGAACGUUUCUGGAUCACAGGAUACACAUCAAGCUGAUCGGUGUUCGUCUUCCUUAUUUAUUCACGUUCUGCCUUUUAUACCAGCCUCCAAAUUGUAGUGUAUGUUAAACGCUCCGCACUACGUCGUGCCUUCAGAUGUAGAAUUAAAUCCUUUCAGUGUCUGAAACUUCAGCUUUUCUUUUUUUUAUUGUCAAUAUAAUUUAAAAGAAACGCUCUUAAAUAGACUUAAUAGCAUUUCAUGUAUAAUUUUCUAAAGUGCAGCUUGUAUCCAGAAGGUUAUAGAACCAGGCCUUUUCAUUCCUCUCCGCUCUAAAGCGUGGACGAGUUCUAGAAUGAUUCCCAAAUGUUCCAGGAAAGCAGCAGACUCCUCGGGAAGAUGUGACGUUCAUGUUUUCACCCUGCGGGACACUUUGCAUGUACUUUUCUACACUGUGGUGAUCCAGAACCACGGGUUAAUAAAAGGUGCCAUCACAACUGGA